AGGACAGGAUUUAGUCAUAACGAGUUAAUUUUAAGUCAUACUGUGUGUGGUCCUCUGUCUGUUGUACGCUAAGUUAAAUGCAUUUCAAAAUGUUUUAAUCGCAAAAUGUAGCUUCAUCGGAACGAUUUUAUAUUUGUACGCGUCGUUAUUUCCCUGCAUGUUUCAUGCGGAACUAUUGGUAUUGUUUCCCAACGUCUCAUUUUAGUGAAGCACACAACAAUGUCCGCGCGCUGCAGAGCAGUAAAAUGAUCCGGAGCUCGGGUUUUCUGAGUUUAAUAGAUGUUUUUUGGUCUUUUUUGGCUCUUGCUUUCCUCGCAGCUUUCUGUGCUCAUAAAAUCUCUCCUCGCCUGCCAAAAGGACUAGAAACGUUCCGUGUUUACGUUUUAUUUCAGGAUCUUAUCAGGUUCGGAAAAACCAAACACCCCAAACGAGACGACUGGCUGCGACUGUUUGACGUCCCCAAAAGAUGGUUCUGGCACUUUUAUGCAGUCUCUGCUUGUUGGAACGGUUUCCUCCUGGUUCUCUACCUGAACUUCACUUCUCAGAAGACAUAUCCGCCAUGGCUGUCUGGACUGUUAGACAUCCUGACAGGAGCACCAAGCCCUGACACUCAAGUCCCACAGCUGGUCACAGUGCUGGUGCAGCUCCUGCUCUUCUCCCACUCCCUCAGGCGGCUGCAGGAGUGUCUGUUUGUCAGCGUUUUCUCUGAUGGAGCCAUCCAUCUGGUGCAGUACGUGUUCGGUCUGGUUUAUUACAUCAUGAUAGGGCUGACGGUGCUCGCAUCAGAUCGUCUAGAAAAAGGGACUAGACCUCUGCUGUCCCAGCUGGACUGGUUUCAUGUGGCUGGAAGUGCUCUUUUCAUCAUGGCCUCAUUUAUGCAGCAUCAAUGUAUGGUCCAACUGGCUGGACUUCGUACUGGGAAGUCAGGCUCAGUGGAGACGCUGGCUCACAGACUUCCAGAGGGUGGCUGGUUCAACCUGGUGUCAUGUCCUCAUUACUUCUCCGAGCUGCUGCUCUACAUCUCUCUGAGCCUGACGUAUGGAGGUGUUUCCCUCACCUGGUGGUUGGUUUUCCUCUAUGUGCUCUUCAGCCAUGCUCUGUCAGCUCAGCUCUGUCAGGAAUUCUAUAUCAGCAAAUAUGAAUCAUACCCCAGGAACAGGAAGGCUCUCAUCCCGUUUGUGCUGUGAGUGUGAACUCUUAAAGACGUGCGAGGAUGUGAAGGACUAAAUCUUUCCUGCCUCACAGCAUGGAGUGACAGAAUGCUCUUGAAGAGCUGAAGCUUCUUGACAGUCGACACCUGGCAGCACUCAGGUGUGACUGUGAGACAGGAUAGGCAGCAUAAAAAGUCUUUAACAGCAAGGACUCUCUCUGGGUGAGAGGUGGCCUGUGUCCACUGUUGGUUGGGCAAUGCCAGUAGAAACUGCAAGCCAAAAUUGAAAUGUAUUUACAGUGAGCUGUUUGUACGUUUCAGCAAUUAAAAUGUAAAUGUGAUAGGAAAAAUAAACAGUGGGAGUUUUAUGAAAACUGUACACCUUAUACAGUUAAUGGAUUUAUUAAUCAUUUGUACAAGUGUGUGUUAUAGAUGUAUGUCCCAUCACAGUAAAGGAGGACAAGGACAAGGUAAACAUUUGCCACAACAGGCAGGAGAGAGCAGGAGAGGGAGAGGCAGAAAAUGAGGCCAUGGUGAGAGAAGUAAGCGUCUAAGCUAAGCUGUCUUAAAAGGUCACAUAUUUUACCCCUUUAAGACAAGUUCAU